ACGCCGGAAGCGGAAGCGAUAGUUGCGCGGCGGGGCCGCGGCCCGGCCCUUCCGCUUCCGGCCAGCAGCCGCGGCGGUGACCGAACACCGGCGCGGCCCAUGGACCGGCACAAAGUGAAGCGGCAGCGGCUGGACCGGAUCUGCGAGGGCAUACGUCCUCCAAUUGUGAAUGGCCCGAUGCCAGCACGGCCGCUGGUCGCACUCCUGGAUGGACGAGACUGCACUGUGGAGAUGCCCAUCUUGAAGGAUGUUGCUACGGUGGCAUUUUGUGAUGCUCAGUCAACUCAGGAAAUCCAUGAAAAGGUGCUGAAUGAGGCAGUGGGAGCACUGAUGUAUCACACCAUCACCCUUUCUCGUCAGGAUCUGGAGAAAUUCAAAGCCCUCAGGGUCAUUGUGCGUAUUGGCAGCGGCUAUGACAAUGUUGACAUCAAAUCCGCUGCAGAAUUAGGCAUUGCAGUUUGCAACAUCCCUUCCUCCUCAGUAGAGGAGACUGCCGACUCCACCCUCUGCCACAUCUUGAACCUCUAUCGCCGUGUUACUUGGCUACAUCAGGCUAUGCGGGAAGGGAAUCGAGCCUCAAGUGUAGAACAGAUUCGAGAGGUGGCUGGAGGCGCUGUGCGUAUCCGUGGGGAGACUUUGGGCAUCAUUGGACUAGGCCGAGUUGGACAGGCAGUGGCUCUGCGAGCCAAGUCCUUUGGCUUCAACGUGAUUUUCUAUGAUCCCUAUCUGCCGGAUGGAGUGGAGCGAUCCUUGGGUUUACAACGAGUAGGAACCCUGCAGGAUCUACUAAUGCACAGCGAUUGCAUCACAUUGCACUGCAGCCUGAAUGAACAUAACCAUCACCUCAUCAAUGACUUCACUAUUAAACAGAUGCGCCAGGGCUGCUUCUUAGUGAACACAGCCCGGGGAGGGCUGGUAGAUGAGAAAGCCCUAGCACAAGCCUUGAAAGAGGGGAGAAUCAGAGGAACAGCAUUGGACGUGCAUGAGUCUGAGCCUUUCAGCUUUGCUCAGGGGCCCUUAAAAGAUGCACCCAAUGUGAUCUGCACACCUCACACUGCCUGGUACAGUGAACAGGCUUCCAUUGAAUCCAGAGAAGAUGCAGCUAAAGAGAUCCGCAGAGCUAUUACAGGUCACAUACCUGAUGCUUUGAGGAACUGUGUUAAUAAGGAGUAUUUGCUGUUGGCAGCCCAGUGGUCCAGUAUUGAUCCUGCAGCUGUCCACCCGGAACUCAAUGGAGCUGCAGCUUACAGGUUUCCUCCAGGAGUAGUGGGAGUAGCCACCUCUGGGCUGCCAGAACCGCCAGUAGUGGAAGGCAUUGUAGCUCAUGGGAUCCCUUCUGUUUCUCACCCUGCGCCGCGUACCCCUUCCCCAGGAGAGACAAGCAAACUGGAUGCAGACAGAGAGAUUCCUGCUGACCAGUAGCAGCAUCUUUCUCUCCUCUGGCAGCAGAAAAAAGUAGGAGGGCAUCUCCUCCUAGGAACUUCGUUAACACCUGACAGAGACUAUUUCCUGUUCAUACAGGAUGGGAGAAUGCAUUUCAUUACCGGCAAACUUUAGCUCUUGCCUUUGUUUGUAACUCUUUAGUUUUAAUCUCUCAAUGAAUCUUUCUCCUUCUCUGGGGUAGGGCAGCAGUGACCUUGCCUCCCCUCGGAAAUAUCUGAUUUAUCUAGUGAUGUUUCCCAUGUUUCUGCCUUGGUUGGCUGUGAUUGGGAACUGUCCUUGUGCACUUGAAAACAGAAGUGGAGCUGCCAGAUCAGGGAUGGCCCUUGGUGUUCUGAACACCAAAUGCCAGUGCACACUUUUCACUUGUGACUUGUAGCUUAAAUUUAAUUCAGCUGAACCUUUCUAUGUGUAGCCAUGGGAAAUAUUAGACAAAUUAGUGAAUUGGAGAAGUUGUGGCUAUUGCCUUUGUUAUGCCCUUGGUAGAAUGCAGCCUGGGCUCGGCUCUGUAUAUUCGUUUGCUUGUUUUUAUUAAGCUUUCCUGUGAGACCAGACAGAGCACAGGCGCUGCUAUUCCUGACCAUACCAAGUUUUGUCUAUGCAGUACGAGCCUUGAAGUUAAAAGUAACUGUCUCAAAGCCAGCCUUGCAAAUAAUUGGGACAGGAUUGUCAUCAAAUUCAUUCUGAUGGCCAUUGUGUUCGUUAGGCUUCAAAGCAGUUUGCCCUGGAGUCUGGGUAACUCGGAGAAGGCAAGAGGAUGCAGAAAUGGGAUAAACUUGCGCUGAGAGACAGCAAGCAGCAAUAACUUGCUGUUGCAGCCGCUGGUUUCUCACACACACAUACCUCACAGUCUAGCAGCAGUGUUUAUCCACAUGGCAUCUAUCAGGUUAGAGUUCUAAGCUUUGUGUUACAGAUUAUUUUUCUUCUGGCAUAACUACUUCAACUAGAAGUAACAUACCAGUGGCAGUGGCAUUUGUCUCCAUGCUGGUGGAGAAGGCAGCUUCCAGCAGCUGAGCAAAUGACUCUUUGGCUCUGCUAGUGUAUACUGCAUCUCCAACGGUGGGCAGGGCCCAGCAGCAGGUUUUCCCAUGAAUAAGCUUUGUGAUAAUGAAUAAGAAAGAACACUCUUAGCUUCUCUCCUGAAGCCAAGGCAGGAUUGUUGCUCUCAAGUCUUUUCCCAUUUCCCAAAUUGCUCCUUUGAAGGGCAAGUAAUCUUCAGCAAAAAAGGUUCCACAGGAGAUGAUUUUGCUUUAAUUCUAAAUCUUCCUGUAAUUUCAUCUUCCUUCCUUUCUCCUCCACUUGCCCCCAGCAGUUCAGGAAAGGAAAACAGUCAAGAAGCAAAUUUCAGGCAUUUUCUUACAAAUUUUACACUUCCAACUGUUUAACAUUAGUGAGGUGAUACUAGCUCUCUAGUGUUGAGUGUCUUUUCUAAUAAGGUAUUAGUCUCAGUGAAGCUUCUUGGCUGGUGUGUUUUCAAGAAUGAUGCUGAUUCUACUUCAGAUUCACAUACCUCCUUGGCUGCUCAGGUUUGGCAGAUUGGGCUGGGACUGGGGAAGGCACAAGUUACAGGGGAGCUUUUUCUGAAUAGAGGGCUAGAGCUCAGAAGCAGUUCAAUUGCAGCUGUACCUAAAAUAACCAGCAGCACUUCGACAAGUUCCCUAAUCUCAGUGAAACCUAAACUGUACAUGCUGCUAGCUCAGAAAGCUGUUCUUCUGACAGGCAAAUGGGGAAAAGUGUUCAGGGGCUGGGAGCGUAUCGCUGUCUAUGUCUCUUUGCUUAUUUGCGUCUGAAAAUUCCUGCCCUGAUUAGAAGUUUGGGUCUGAGGUUACUUUGUGGUAAGAGGCUUCUAGUUAUGAGCUUUGUGAAUGCAGAGGAUCAGAGUACACAGACCUGGCGUCUUCUAGAGCACAAUGCAAGAUAUUUAUUUUUUUAAAGAGACAGCCUUUUUUUUUUUUUUAACUGCAAGUGUUUCCAUUGGCCAGUUGAAUAACUGAGCAGAGGAGGAGUGUGGAAGUCUCAUUUGUGGCACACUUGAGUUUCUCAAUUCUUACUUUUGUUGCCUAGAUAUAAUGAUCAGUGAGGGUAGAAACUAAAUAACUGGCGUCAUAAGAAAUGCCUCCAUUUAUGGGUACGAAGGAAUUGAAGCUCGCAGCAUUGACAGUGGCUCCAUUCUAUCCAGUACUGUGUAGGCUUGUGACUGGAUAUGAAGGCAACUUUCCCCCUUGAUUAAAGGUAGAACGGGAAAUGUUGAGGUGAAAAUGAACAGAACCUUUAUCAUGGCCACAAAGAAGGACUCCUGUUGUGCUUAUAGGAUUACUCUGCUCGUGCCAUUUGUACCUCUGCGCACAGACCAAACCUGCUGUCACCAGGUGAAGGCUGUUCUGAACAAGGCAGCUUGAGAAAAAAUUGACCAGUACUGAGCACCCUGUGGUCUUUUCCCUCCCUGAGUGCCAGGGCCUGUGUUAGCACUCUCCCAUGGGACACGCUGACCUGCAGCUCCCCUCCCAAGCUGAGUGCACUACGCAGAAGUGGAAGGAUUUUCUAAUUUUUCAUGCCUUCCUUCAGAACUAGUGCAGAGCUUUAAUCCCAAAGAGCUGAAGUCUCCCAGGGCGAGUCAGGAGUGCCCUAGCGGCACUCAUUUGCUGAUGGGAGGUGCUCACACUGUCCCAAGGUUUGUCAUUCUGUUUGUCAGGGUCACUGCUGCUGACCAGCUUUUUUAUAGAGGACUCAGAGUUUCAGAAAUAUAUUUUUGUAGACAAUGACUAAACUGUGAAACAUUGAAAUAAAGCAUGUAAACAAAAACUUACAGCACUGUCCUCUGUACAGGUGAUUUCCUCACUUCAGUUCUCUCCUGACUCAUUACAAAAUGUUUGAUUACUUCUUGGAUAUAUUUUAAUAAAGUUCUCCAAAGAACACGGCUGCUGUCUGUGGAAA